UGACGCUUUUAUUUUGAAGGUUUUGGAAGCGGAAGCUUUAUUGUUUUUGCUGCUGGGGUCAAAGUGAUGUGCACACUGAGACUUUGUUGAUAAAACAGAUUGUUCCACAGUGAAAACGCUGCUCAACAAUGCUGAGAGCGACACUCGGGGAACUUUUGACCCGCGGUCGUUGCAGUUGAGUGCCGGCUUUGAGCUCGCGGGCUCGGGAACAUGCAGCUUUGACACAACUCCGAGUCUGGCCGCCUGGAAGCUGAUUGGCUAAGUUAACCGUCGGCUCCGUGUCUGUCAAGUGAAACUCUUGAAGACAGACGGAGCGCCUUCUCUGACAGUGCAGCUGUAUAUUUACAGGUGCAGCUCCGAUAUGACUAAGAGAAGCACGUCUCUUCAGCUUGUCAAGAGGAUGCUGAACCAUCACUGCAGAAGGAACCCUGAGCUUCAUGAGGAGCUGCAGAUCCAGGCUGCAGUGGCAUCGGGGGAUGUCUACACCGUCAGGAGAAUGCUGGAGCAAGGAUACUCGCCUAAGAUCCGCGACGCCAACGGCUGGACGCUCCUCCACUUCUCUGCUGCCAAAGGAAAAGAAAGAUGUGUUCGAGUCUUUCUGGAGCACGGAGCUGACCCCACAGUGAAGGACUUUAUUGGAGGCUUCACAGCGCUUCACUACGCUGCUAUGCACGGCAGAGCGCGCAUCGCCCGACUCAUGCUGGAGUCCGAGUUUCGCAGUGACAUUAUAAAUGCAAAAAGCAACGAUGGCUGGACGCCGCUGCACGUCGCCGCCCACUACGGCCGAGACUCGUUCGUACGCCUCCUCCUCGAGUUCAGGGCCGAGGUGGACCCACUGAGCGACAAAGGAACCACGCCGCUACAGCUGGCCAUCAUCCGCGAGCGUUCCAGCUGUGUACGGAUCCUCCUGGACCACAGCGCCAAUAUUGACAUUCAGAAUGGCUUCCUGCUGCGAUACGCUGUCAUCAAAGGCAAUCACUCGUACUGCCGCAUGUUCCUGCAGAGAGGAGCCGACACUAAUCUAGGACGUCUUGAAGAUGGCCAGACCCCCCUGCACCUGUCAGCCCUCAGGGAUGAUGUGCUGUGCGCCCAGAUGCUCUACACAUACGGGGCCGAUACCAACACCAGAAACUACGAGGGCCAGACACCUGUAGCUGUAUCUGUUAGCAUGUCUGGCAUCAGCCGGCCCUGCCUGGACUUCCUACAGGAGGUCACCAGAGAACCUCGGACUCUACAAGACUUGUGUCGAAUAAAAAUCCGUCACUGCAUUGGCCUUCAAAGCUUGAAAUUCUUGGAGGAUCUACCAAUCGCAAAGGUUAUGAAAGACUACUUAAAACACAAGUUUGACAGCGUGUGAAGGGCGAUGACAAUAGAAGAGGAGAGGGUGACUAAAAAAAACUCUCUGCUAUCAUUUAAGAAGACUAUGCAAUCACUAUGAUCCUUGUCUGGAAGAAAAGUCCACGGGUCUGUUCUGUACACGCUGAAGGAUAGUUAGUUCAGUUUGUUCGUCCAGUACAACACAAGGAAAGUUGAGUUUUCUGCUCCCGCUCUCCAUUUCAGCCUUUUUACAGAUAGAACAGAUGCUGAAGAAUGUAAAUGGACCCUCAUGUGAGGAACACUUCAAGUCUUUGUGGGAAAAAGAAGACCUCAUUUGACUGCAGAUAGCAUUGUUACUACAGUUAGCAUUUUACCAUUUCUGUUGUUGCUGUAAAAAUGUUUCUGAUGUUAUCUUUGCUGGGUCAGAUUUCCAUCAAGUGCACACUUGCCAGUGAAUAUAUUUUAACUUUUUAUUAUUUUUACUGAGCUAUAGAAAGCUAAACUCAAAUUGCUGCAAUGAAUUUUCUCUAACUCAAAAUCUGUUUUGGGCCUACCUUUGGACGAUAAUAGCUUUAUAAACAUCUCCGAGGUGCACUUCCUGAUUUUGUUUUAUUACCCAACAGUGAGUGUGAAACGGCCCACAGCUCCAGGUUGUUCAGUUCCAUUUCACAGCUGUUGAUCUGUGGAGUAGUGUGAAGCUGGGCUGUUUGUGGUACUCUUAAUAUUUUUAAAACGUGCCAAGCAAAGUUUUUGACGUGUUGGAAAUCUACCUGAUCAUCGAGGAAGUUAAUCAGGUGUCAGCACCGAUUCAGACUAGAUGUUAAAAUCAGAUGAUGAUAAUGUUGUUGCUGUUGUGUAAACUCAGCUAAAGAUCAAUUUUAAAGCAGCGUCAGCCCAGCGUAACAUGAACAUGUCACGUCAGGCUGAAUGAAUAAAGUGAAAUAAUUCCGUCUCAUCGUCAGGCCACAGACUGCAACCUCACUGCUGGAACUGAACUGAAUUUUCUGUUCAGUAAAUGUCAACAGUAAGCUAAGAGGACACUUUGAGGUUUAGUGUUGCUGUAACAAAAUCAGGGUGUGUGCCUUUUUUAAAAAACAAAACAAAACAAAUCUGUUAUGCAAGAAUAACUUGCACAGACGCAUUUUUAUUUCAAAAUGACACAAACAAGAAUCUAACAAAGUGUUUUAAGAACUCAAGAAAGUGUAAUGCUUAGAUACUUUUUGAUACGACCAGUUGAACGGUGGAAGCGUUCCACAUCAACUUGCUUUAUCCAUUUCUACGCUAUAUGUAGUAAAUUUGAGUUUGGAGCGAGUGCACUGUGAUCGAAUUCUGUUCUGAAAGCACCAAAUGUCCUCACUAAAGCAGUUGUUCAUGGAGCUAUGGGUAACUGUCCGAGGUCUCUUUUAGAUAACACUGACACACAAUCACUAGAAGCUACAGUCAAUGUAAAUAUGUUACAUGUACAACAGAUAUUUUUGUAGAAUUUAUUUAAGCGACGAUCUCUGGUAUUCUUAUUGUAUUUAAAGUUUGGAAAGUAUUGUGAUCUGUUUGGUGUGACUCAAGUAUUUCUUUUUGUGUGCGUCUGAGUUCAAAUAACUCUGUUGUACAAGAAUCAUUUGGAAUCAGCUGUUCUUUGGUUUUUAUUUCAGAAAUGUUGGGUGCUUUCUUAAAAUUCAUCAUCUCUUGCAGGUAACUCUGUUGUGGAGAUUAUACUGUGAAUUUCUCAUUUUGACAAUUUAGAAUACAAUGUAGGAUUUGGGUCUUUUUAAAUAAUUGCCCAUGCCACAGGAAAUUAUUUUUUUUCUUCGUCUCUGCAUGUGUUUAAAAUGCGUAGUGAAAUUAUGUGGCGCCUAAAGUUGGUUUUCCUAAAAUGUUGUAUCCGCAAAUCCAUUCUAACAAUGUUCACUUGUGUUAACAUGUCAGUGUCUUUUUUCAUAUUUAAAUUUGCAUGUUUGUCUGAAGCCUUGUGUUGGGACAUUUUGUGAAAGGUGCACACGUUGAAAUGCAAACUGCUCUGUGCAGGUAAACGCAAAGAAAUUAGAUGACCGAUUUUUAAUUGGUUUAAAACAAGACUACGAACAGGAAGCGAAAGGGUUUUACAGAGGAAAAUGAAAAGUGAGUGUGGAGGUCAGGGGAGUUGAAUACCGCAACCAGAAAGAUAGUGUGUCCCAUUUCAGAGGCUGCACCCUUCGAAGUCUGCCUUUCAGAGCUGAAUCCAAUGUAACGUUGACAGGAGUUUUUAUUCUGUGUCCUGAACAUUUUUCCAGUGAAAGUUGUCAGUUGUUGUUGUCAACAGACGAUCACCAAGACACAACGUGCUUCUUUAUUCUCAAAAAGUUUAAAUCACACGUCGUUUAGAUCAACGUAUAGAGGUUGUGUCUGGAUAGUUAGGUGAGAUUCUUUUAGAUUGUAGUCCUUGAUUCAGAAAUGGAGCUGCAUUAAAAAAAGUUUUAAAAUGCGUCUGAAGUCAUGGGGAGAUGAAACCAUGACUAAAUUAGUUGUUUUUAAAGAGUGAUAAUUGGUAAAAUUGCUAAGUUUGACGAAGUCACGUGAUGAAUAAAGGUGUAGAUGUAGGGAGGAGUUCUUGGUGGAGUAAUGCCUCAAAUAACAGGCCUUUUAUCCAGGAGACCUGAGUUUCUGUCCAAUGACUCGGCAUGUCGUUGUCAGUGUUGACUUUUGGUUUGGGACACAAACGUCUUUCUGCCAGAAAGCCCGGGAAGCAAACUUCGCCCAGGGUGCAGAAACACAUGGAAAUCUUAGUAAACACCCGUUUGCUAGGUAGCACUCUUCUUCUUUUUACUUUUAUUUACUUUUAUUGGCCAUCUGACAGAGUGUGACAGUCUGUUAACCUUUAAGAUUGUCGUGAUCGCCCAGUUUAGCAAGCAUGGAUAUUUGUUUAACAGUGCCAUCAAAAAGCUUUUUUUUGUUGAUUUUCUAUCCAUUUUUGUCAAUAACUACAAAAUUUGGAAGGUUACACAUCUUUUUAUUUUUUUAUUUUCCUUUUUCGUACUGAAUCAAGAGAGACGGGUUCAGUCUAGUAGCCCUCAGUCUUCCGAAUGACACGUUUGUAGGCUGUCCUCUAAAAGAGGCAGCGGCUGAAAUGGAACAAUGACAAAACCUGUUCUUGAAAUAGGCAUUUAUGUUCUUAUUUUGCAUAUGGUCUGAUUUGAUGUUGGUCCAGAAGUAGUUUUUACUCAUGGCUUUAGUCCAAUUGGUUCUUUUGAUAGUACAUUCUGCAUAUAGCUCCCUUCCCUUUGACUCACUGAUCAUUUUUCUAACGCAGUGUUCCAAGAUCUGAAAAUAAAAGCUGAAGGUUAUUCAGUGUUCAUCGUGCCAGAAUAUUCUUCACCACAACAUCUGUUUCAUGUUCCAUACUGUCCAUCUUUCUGUACCAGAUUUUGGAUUUGAUAUGACGCCAUUUUGCAGCAGUUUUGUAUUGCGUGUGAAUAAGUCUGUCAUACAUUGACUGCCUUCUCCAAUCAGUUCCUCAGCAGACUUUGGUUGUCACAAUCAGGGAAACACUUCAUACAUGUCUUAUGUGGCUAUCAAAUGGCUGUAAGUCUUCCACAUCAUUAACUACUGAAUGUACAGAAUAUGCAGAUUUUCAAAUGUAAAAAAAACAAAAUGUGUGAAUAAACUAAAGUUAACGUUU